CAGCUCACGCCCCUUUGCAGGCCACACUUCUUAUUACCUGUCGUGUUUGUUGAUGUUGUCGCCACUUCACUGAAUUAAGGUCAGGGGUUAUUACGCUCCUACAGACCAAGUAGAAAAGUUUUGAAAGAUGCGAGAAGAGGACUCCUCCCCAAUGGACAGUGCGGGGAACAGCGAGGAGGAGACCGACCGUCAGCUGCCGCGGAGAGGCGCGAGGAAGCGGCGGGCGACCCGGAGGCGCUCGGACGAGGAUGAGGACGAGGGAGACAUGGAGAGUCCCGGCAAGAAGAAAUGCAGGAAGAGCUGCGACGGAGGCGGUGGAGGCAGCGCGGGGAGCGGAGACAGCGAAACCGGCAGCAGCAGCCCCGCGCCCUCCUUCGAUGACCUGCACACGCAGCGCGUGAUGGCCAACAUCCGCGAGCGGCAACGGACGCAAUCCCUCAACGAGGCGUUCACGUCGUUACGUAAGAUCAUUCCCACCCUCCCGUCGGACAAACUCAGCAAGAUCCAGACGCUGAAGCUGGCGGCCCGGUACAUCGACUUCCUGUGCCAAGUUCUGCAGAGCGACGAGCUGGACGCGCGGGGGACUAGCUGCAGCUACGUGGCGCACGAGCGUCUGAGCUACGCGUUCUCGGUCUGGAGAAUGGGGGGCUCCUGGUCCUUGUCUACGACGUCCCACUAGCAGAGCAGCUGGUGAUGCUACAGCACGACAAUCCAGACUGGAGUGGAUCAGGCCGAACCUUCAGAAAGACUGAAACAGGCUAAACACAGCUGAGGAGGCCAGCCGCUGUGCGUUCAGGCCUCAGAGGAGAGUGGGCUCUUCAUAUGUCCCGUUGCAAGGACUGUGAUGUUUGCAAGGGAGCACUUAGGACAGACAGGACGGAUAUGAAGGGAAGAAAGACCACUGUGACUAUGAUUGUUGUAAAAACACUCUGAAGAACUGCUCUGUUUUGAUGAGAGAAAAAUUCCACAUUCCCUGUGACAAUCUUUCACAGCAAAUGAAGUAUUUGUAUUUAUUUUUCUACACAGGCUCGAAAUUCCUUUUCCCCACUCAAAUAAAAGUUAUUUAUUUUUGGGAUAUCACAAAAUGCUGAAUGGAUCGGGAGUCUGCGCAUUUUGAGUGUUGUAAAUAUUUGGUAGUAUCUUGA